AUGUCCAUCAGUCGGAAGAACUGGUCGGCUUUGUCCAGCCUGGCGCGGCAAUGGACGGUGGAGGAUGAGGAGGAGGUGGAAAGGGAGAGGAGGAGGAGGGUGAAGAGCUCCAGCGUUACCGAACCUGGUGAUGACCUCAGCCCAACAACCAAAGACACACCCACCAGUGACAGCACCUUUGUGUCCAACAGUGAGAUGUCCCAGGGCCUCAGCAGUGCCGAGCAGAUACAGCUAGACUUUGUGGAGAUGCUGCGUACCCGUGAUGAAAGAAGGAGGAUGAGACAUAUGGAGACGCUGAGAAGACAGAAGGAGGUAGGGGAGGAAGAAGGGGAGGCCUGCGGAGGAGAAGCCAGGGUGGAGCUACUGGGGGACAUGGAGGAGGAGCAGAGCAGUGCGUUGCCCCCUGUGAAAGCCACAUCCAAACCACAACCACCCGAAAAGCCAGCCUCUUACAGCCCCACCAACAGCACCAGCACUAACAGACAACCCGAAAAUGGACAAUCGCCGAGAAAAGACCUCGAUCCCAAGCCGUCGUCCAAGCCGUCGUCCGACCGGGCUCGCAAGUUUGUCAGCUCUGUCUCCAUCUCACUUGACAAAGGUUCCUCCGCCAGCGGGUGCACAAGUCCCAUGAGCCCUCGCUCUCCGACAACCCCCUUCUCGCCUCAAGAACACUGGCCGUCUCCCUGCCAGAGCCCCUCUCCUGGGGGAGCUCAGAGCCCUGUUCAGAAUGGACACACACAGGAGACCACUGUGAAUGGCUCUCCUUCCAACGGCAACUUCGAACAGACGUCCAAACCAGCGUUUGUCAGACAGAGCUCCAGGACUAUAUCUUUCAGGAUGAUGAAGAAGAAGGAAGAGGAGAGUGCACCGCUGCGGAGGAGUGCAAGUGUGAGGAUGGCCUCCGAGAAGUUUGAAUCAAACACAGACCAGGACCAACAUGAAGAUGAAGACAAAGCAUCAUCUUUCCAGAGAAACUCCAAGCAGAGAAUUUCUUCCAGGUCCAUCCAGGAGAAGAUGGAGAGACUGGCCCAGGCUGCACAGAAGGGAGAAGUGACUCGUUCUCCAGACGUCACCCAGAGGACUCUGUUCCUGCUGGACGAGGUGUCCAGGAAGAGGGGUCUCUUUGAGAAGGAGCAGCAGGGAGCGGGCCCCCCCAGCCCCGGGGUCUCCAGACAGGAAUUUAGGAGCUUCAAAUCUGGAAUGUCAGACCGGAUCUCCAGCUGGCUCACCAAGACCAACAACACCGGGUCUUCACACAAUCCCACAGACUUGAGAAAUGUAGACAUCACCAGUAAGAGGAGCCUGUUUGAGAAGAGAGAGGAGGACAGUGCCCAGCCUGGAAAAAUCUACAAGUGAAGGCUGUCCUUUUAUUAUGGUCGGCAGGAGUAAGGAGAGAGGAGACGAUAAGCACUGGAAGAUUAUUGGAUGCCAUGACUGACUGAUUCUUUUAUUUCAAUAGAAUACUGCUUUUAAAUUAAGGAGGCUUUACAAUCAUACACAUCUGCAUCGCUUCUUGAACUACAAAUGUGUCAAACACUGAAAAUACUUAAUGUGUGAGGAAGAGUAUACUGUAAAGAGAGGCGAAGAAAAGUGAUACAUGUGUUUUAAAACUCUUCAGCUAUUUGCCUAACUUACUUUGUGUAAUUGUUCUAGCACUUUAAAACGGUGAAGGUCUUAAGGCUAAUGACAGCUAUACUUUUUACUGAAUCGUGGGAAUUCUGGAGUUGAAAUUGAAUGUUUUUGUUAAAUCUGCCAUAAUAUACAUUUUGUUUUGUUUCAUUGAGGGCAAUAUGUCUAAGAAAUAAAAUAUUUUAUUACCACAAA